AUGCCAUCCAACCCGUUGAAAGACAACAUGAUAUGUGACCUUGGCACUAUCAAAGCUCAAUCUCAGCUCCCCAUUUCAAUGUCGGCCCCCAGCACCUGCGAGAGUUAUACGGCGGCCACCACGAAACCAGCCGGACCUCACUGCCGCAGCAGAGUGAAGGUUAUCACGGGGCCUCCCAAGAGCCUUUGUCUUCCCCACUUGUGUGGACUGGAAAACAUUGCAUCCGUCUUGGUUGUAAGACAGGAGUCGCCAUGGGAUACCUAUCGGAAAGCCAUUACUUAUGAGAUCGCUGGCAAAGUUACAAUUGCCACACGUCGCACCCGCCCGUCUCGCAUGGUAGCCAUCCGGACAUACGCGAAAGAGAAUGCUCGAAGAUUGAUAUACAGAUUCGGACGUCUGGAACAUAGGAACGUUCUCUCCUUACGUGAAUGCUACAUGCACGAAGAUCUUACGUUCUUCUUGGUUGAUGACUUGCCCCUGACGCUCGCGCAUGUUGUCGCUUUUCCAUCUGUUUAUCCCAGCGAGACAGAAUUGGGAUCCAUUAUAUGCCAGGUUACAAGUUUGGACCACUGUAUAGAUUGCACGCCAAAGCAAUCUGAAGCCGCAUAUAUUGCGGCCCUUCCGUCGAUCACAAUGCGGCUCAUGCAGAAAUAUGACAAAGACCAAGGCGUUGUUGGCGUAAAUGAUCUGGAGCGAUGGCCAAUCGAUUCUGCCGCUGUGGGCUUUUUAUCCGCUACCGAGACGGCAGGAUCAAUCAAGUCUCUGGGAACUGUGAGUUCUCCAAGAAAGGUAUCAUAUAAUGCUAAUUUCCAGUAG